ACACUUGAGGUAGUUAGUCAGCAGUCUCAAUGUAGCUUUUCAAAACUUAAAGUGUAAAGAAGCCAGCGGUGCCGCACUUUAGUCUUUAUUUAGUUGGAGUUUAAACUCGAGUUGCGUUGUGAGGUAAGCGCUCAUUUCACUCAUCAGCUGAAGCCAUUUAAUAUUUUACUCUUUUAGACAGCAGCAUGAGACUAACAACCAAGAGUUCUAAAUUUAACAAGCCCUAAACCCUAAAGAUACGGAAGUAUGUCUAUCAAGUUCAUUUUGUAAAGCGUGGUCUCAAAUCUUAGUGAUUUUGAUCUCUAAAGUUGAAAGCACCGUUUCUUUUUGAGUGAACCUUCGUAAAGAUUGUCUUAAGAGAUGAGAAAGGUCAUUAGUAAAGCUAAUUUAACUGUACAACAAGUGUAACCUCGCCUCCAAAAUGCAGGUAAGAAAGAGCCUGCUAAACUGAGGUUUUAUCCACAGAAUAACAGGUGGAGGACGCAUCCAGAUCCGAAGUAAAAGUAGCAAUGCUGCAAUAUAAAAUGCUGUAUUAAAAGUGUAUUGAAAAUGUAAAUUUAGUGAAAGUAUUAUCACCAAAAUGUACUUCAAUUUUAAAAGUAAAAGUACUCUUAAAGCAGUAUAAUUGCCCCUUUGAGUGUUAGGCCUAUAUUUUACUGCAUUAUUAUGAUUGAUGCAUUAAGUAGCGUUUUACUGUUGUAGUUGGUUGAGGUAGAGCUCAUUUGAGCUAUUUUAUAUACUGUUGGGUAGUUUCAUCACUAACAAUACAUCAUGUUUUAUAAGCUCAUAUGUUUUGUUUGUAAAAUCUUAAUGUAAACUAGUAAGUACAGCUGUUAAAAAAAUGUAGUGGAGUAAAAAGGACAUUUUCCUCUGACUCGUAGUGGAGUAGAAGUAUAAAGUAGCAUAAAAUGGAGUACUUGAGUAAAUGUCCACCACUGCAGAAUAAUGAUUAGACUUUGACAUGUUAAAGAUUUGUUUACAUCAGUAGUUUGUAAACUCUGAAGUACUUAUAAUUUGAGAGUGACAAAAAAGCGGAGAAAAAAAAAUCUGAUCUAUAAUUCAAUUAUGUAGGUGAAUAAACCUGCUAUCUGUAUGAUCAAUUAGUGAUUAGGCCGUUUCAGUAAAUAUUAUCCUGAUUUUUAAGUUUUACUACAAGAUGAUUGCUUCUUCAUGUUGGAAGAAGGUGAACUGCAGCAAAGCCAGUUAUGAAAAUUAUGAAUUGUGUCACUUUUUUCAAACAGAAGUUGUUCCUUAAAAUGAAGUGAAAACGAUUGUGACCACAAUGUUUAAAAGGCUGACACUUUAGAGAAUAAGGCAUGUUUUACUUUUACUGUAUGUUUCUGGAACUACAGCUGCAUGAACUAAACAAAACCAGUUUAGCUUCGUCACUGGAAAAGGUGGGUGAGUUCUAUCCAGCAGGAGACGGGACAACACAGAUGAUCUUGAAAGAUAAUGUACUUUUGAUUGAAAGCCAAAAUCUAGAACAUUUAAGGGAAUUGUCACUGUAUUUGAUUUAAUCAGUUUUGUCACAUUUGAACUUCCAGACCUUUUGUUCAAAGUUGCUUAGUUAAUCUAAAUGUACGGAAAUAACUGCUGCAUUUUGAGAAAAUCCAGAACAUGCAUUACUUUUCUUCCUUUCUUUGUGAAAUUUAGCAGUCAUCACACAAUCAUGCCCAACACUAAGAGUAUUCCAGGGUUUUACUAAGUUGCAAUAGAACCAUAAAAUAAUGUCCCUGGGGGUGUUUUUCUGUCACUCCCACUCCGUGGACUCUGCUCACAUCCUGACAUGUGGAGCAAAAACAAGCUUCUAUUGGUCAUUUAAAGGUUUUUGAGGAAAGCUGGCAUUAUAGGUCACUGCACAAUACUCUGUUGGCUCUCCAAAGCUUCUCAGGAAGCUUUCUGUGGAACUGCUGCACUGGGUCUGCUGUUACUCAUAGUGUCAUGGUUACACCCAAGAAAAACAGCAAAACCACAGCGGAACCUGAUCUGACAAAAGGGGCAGAGAAGGAGAAAAUGCUGAGGCAAUUCCCUCCAUAUGGUACCACGAAUGGAAACUCAACAGGAGACACCUGCCCCACAUGUCGUGGCAUUGGGCGAAUUCCCAGAGGCCACCAAGACCAGCUAGUUGCUGUAAUACCAUGUAAUGAUGUGAGGCUGAAACCAAGACGCACGAAGCUGUACGUGUGUGUCUCCAUGGCUGUGUGUCUCCUUCUUAGCUGUCUGAUCCUCUUCUUCCUCUUCCCCCGGAGUGUCACCCUGACGCCCGUGUCUGUGCUGUCAGCCAUGGUCUACUUCACCCCAUAUACAAUUGAAAUGGUGGUCACAAAUCUCAUCAACAUCACCAACGAGAACUUUGUCCCAGUUCAUAUUGUUGACUUUAACGUUCAGGGUCUGGUCUCUGACGCAGUUGUGGGUAAGACCAAGAUAUCCAAUAUGACAGCCAUCCAGUCCCGCUCACAGAAAUCGUACACCAUUCAAAUUGACGUGUCUAUCACCGAUAAAGGCUUAACCUCUUACUGCAAGUUGAGCUCUAUCAAGAUUCACACGUUAAUUCUGGAGUUGCAAAUGACACUGAAUAUUUCUUAUCUCUCUCACUCGGAGCAGCUGUCUCUUGACACCUUUGAGUAUAUUGACUGUGGCAAAAAUUCAACAAUCCCACAUCCUGUGAGAUGAUGACAUCAAAAUGAAAAACAUUGAAGUGGGAGUGUGAAAUAAUGAGUAUUCUGGCUGCAUUCCACUCUUAUCUCUUCUGUAUGGGAUGGGAAUUUGUGAAUGAUAACUACUGUGACAAAUGCAUCUUAUCUUUUUCUGUAUGUUGUAUUAGCAUACCUUAAUACUUUAAUCAAUCACUACAAUGUUAUAAUUUAACAAUACAGAUGCUUCAAAUACAUUUAUAUUUUAGCAUGAAUAUUUUUCACUCUUACAUGUUUGAGAUCAGCCUGUAAAUCUGUAUUAUAGGGAAAAUGGUCUCAAACAAGCACAAUUUCUUAAAUGCAAAAUGUAAGAACUGUGUGUUUGUAUUUGAAGAACAGAAUGUACAUUUCUUAAAAAUGUAACUCAUUUCACAACAUUUUUGGCAGGAUGCCAUAUACUGUGUAAAGAGGAUGUUAAUCUCUGAUAAUCUUGUCUUUUUUCAUUUGCACUUCAUUAAACUGGCAUUUAAGGUUCUGUA